AUGGAUUUGUUUGAUCUGCCAACCGUGGGGAGCAAUUUCACAUGGUUCAAUAUAGCAGGUGAUUCAAUGAGCAUACUAGGUUGGUUCCUUCUCUCUGAACGCUUAACUGAGAAAUGGAGUUUAAGAGGUCAAUUUGUGGGUGACAAGGCCAUAUCUGAUCACUGUCUAGUGACGAUCAGAGAAAAUUUUCUAUAUUGGGGCCGAAAGCCGUUCAAGUUCUUUUCAGGGUGGAUUGAUCAUCUUGAGUUCCUCCGAUUGGUCGUAGAAGCGUGGAGCUCAGCUAAUAUAACUAGUAAAAAUAUGUUUGUUUUCAAAGAUAAAUUGAAGAUGUUUAAAGCAAAACUGAAACUUUGGAAUUUGAAGGUGUUUGAGAAAGUGAAUCUAGAUGUGGAAGAGGCAAUCAAAAAUCUCAAUCUCCUUGAUCAGUCAAUCAAGGAUGAAGGGGUAUCACCUAGUCCGGUUAUGAGAGAAAGAAUGAUUGAGGCCCAAAACCAAGUUUGGCAUAAACUUCAUUUCAAAGAAGAUUUUAUUAGGCUGAAAUCGAGAUGUCGUUGGAUUAGAGAAGGAGAUAUAAAUUCAAAAUUCUUUCAUUCCUUCAUAAAAUCUCAAUUUAGGAAAAAUGGUAUCAUUGCAAUUAGAGGAUGUGAUGGUGGAGGAUGUGGGGGAAAUUAA